GUCCCAGAAUGCAACCCGUCGCGCUGUCGGAUGCCUCUUCCUGCUUGUGCAUGGCGGUGUUCUGUGCUGCGUAGCUGAACGCAAGAGAUUGUUAUAUCACCACUCAGUGGCACAGAAGGUUAUUAUUCGAGAUGUUUUUAUCUAAAGUCUGGCGACUUUUGGAUGCAGCAGAAAUUCAUUGCUAUUAUUCCCAGAAGAUCAAAUUAAAUCUGUUUUGUACAUUUGUUCAUAGAGAUGAAAAUCAGCAUGUACACUUCAUGAAAAGUCAAACUACCAAACCACUUCAACAGUCAAUUUCUACAAAUCUUAGUUCUAACAAAGAAAUGCAAGUGAAAAGAUUAUCUGUGGAAGGAAAUAUAGCAGUAGGAAAAUCCACCUUUCUCAGGCUGCUAUCCAAUACAUUCCAAGAAUGGAGUUUUGCUACAGAGCCUCUAAAGAAAUGGCAGAAUAUUCAAUCUACUUCAUUCCAAACAACGACUUCCUCAAAACCUCCCAUGGACAACCUCCUGCAACUGAUGUAUGAUGACCCCAAACGAUGGUCUUACACGUUCCAGACAUUUUCUUGUAUGAGUCGAUUUAAAAUACAAAUUCAGCCACUUUCAGAGCCAGUAUUAAAGCAGCAGGAGCAUGUUCAGAUAUUUGAGAGAUCUGUUUAUAGUGACAGAUAUAUAUUUGCUAAAACCCUUUAUGAACUCCAACACUUAAAUGAAAUGGAGUGGACUUUGUAUCAAGAAUGGCACACUUUUCUCAUUCAAGAAUUUUCCAGAAGAGUUGCACUGGAUGGAAUUAUUUACCUAUGGGCAACUCCAGAAAAAUGUUUUGAGAGACUGCAAAGAAGGGCCAGAAAGGAGGAGAAGACUCUGCAACUUCAGUACCUUGAGAAGCUUCAUGACCAACAUGAAAGUUGGCUGACAAAGAAGACAACCGAAGUUAGUUUUGAAAACAUGAAAAAUAUUCCAGUUUUAUUACUAAAUGUUGAGGAAGACUUUGAAAACAAUUCUGCAGCAGGUGAUGAGCUCAACAACAGAGUUAAGGCAUUUGUUGCUGGACUGUAAUAAUAUAAAUAUAUAUAUAAAAAAACUCAUUGCAGUGUUUGCAUUUACAUCUCUUAACAAUUUCUAUCAGCUAAAUGUAUUUAUAUUGCAGCAGAUAACUCUAUUUGCUGCUCUUUAUGUGUAUUCUUCUGCUUUGUGUACCUAGUUUAUAAGUUGCUUUAUAGUUAUGUUAAUAGUACGCUUGUGUAAUAUUUAUUAAAGGAUCCAAAAUUUGGCAUAA